CAUAGAAGCGGAGAGGGAGGGCUGGCGUGCAGCAGGAACUGUGCAGUCACACGCACACGGGGAUCCAGGGACAGCAGCCCCUUGCGCUGAGAUCUAAAGCCACAACGCGAAAGAGAGUUGACCGAAAACACUCAGACAUAACACAAUGGCAGACAAGCUCAAAGAUGCCAAGAUCAUUUUUGUUGUGGGUGGGCCUGGCUCUGGAAAGGGCACCCAGUGUGAGAAGAUAGUGGCAAAGUACAGCUACACUCACCUGUCAUCUGGGGAUCUGCUCCGUGCUGAGGUGGCUUCUGGCUCUGAGAGGGGCAAGCAUCUCCAGGCCAUCAUGCAGAAGGGAGAGCUGGUACCUUUGGACACAGUCUUAGACAUGAUUAAGGAAGCCAUGAUUGCCAAGGCUGAUGUCUCCAAGGGUUUCCUUAUUGAUGGCUAUCCCCGUGAGGUGAAGCAGGGGGAGGAGUUUGAGAAGAAGAUCGGCAAACCCUGCUUGCUGCUGUACGUCGACGCAAAAGCAGAGACUAUGGCCAAGAGGCUUUUGAAACGCGGUGAGACCAGCGGCCGCUCUGAUGACAACGAGGAGACCAUCAAGAAGCGCCUGGACCUGUAUUACAAAGCAACCGAGCCAGUGAUUGCCUUUUAUGAGAGCCGUGGUAUUGUCAGGAAGGUUGACUCAGAGCUGCCAGUGGAUGAUGUCUUCGGCCAAGUCUCCAAGGCUAUUGAUGCUCUGUAGUAAAGCAGCAUAACUAGAUGGGCCUGUGUCUGAUUGUUUAUUUUCAAAUUUCAAAAAAACAAACUAAAAAAACAAACAAAAAAAGCCAAAUCAAAAGAGAAACAAUACACUUUCAACUCAUUUGGCCAUCAGUCUCAAAGAUGUCUUAACUUUAAUCCUAAUCCAGCAAUAAGAACCUAAAAUUUUAAAGUUACACAGAAAUGAUUCUGUGUGAAGCAACUUUAAAAAAUAUCUCUAUAUGUACAACGUAUAAGUCUUGUUUCCAUUCUAUACUUAACAUUUACAGAUAUGGAUGCAGGCCUGUCUACAACUCAGAGGUGCUGUAUACAAGAAAUAUUAACCACCUUCUAACCUUUAAGGCCUACACUUGGUCAAACACGCACUUUACACUCCCCCUUUUUUCUCCUCUUAAGUGCUGCCGUAUUAGAACCAAGAGUUAAUGACUUCUUUAUACAUUGUGCCAUUAAAUAACUGCAGAGAUCACUGUGGACAAACUGGUGGAACUUCAUUUUCAUGUUCGUUGAUGGAGCUUUUAAAUUACAGUUGCUGACCGCUUUUAACUUCACACGGUCAUUUCUGUUAAUCUAUUUACCGUUACAUUUAAAGCACAAAAAUGUUCAAUUUCUUUUCUAUUUUUUCAUUAAGAUAUACACAUGUUACAUGUAUUUCUAUAAUGUGGUAUAUGUAAAAAUGAAAGAUUAAAAUAGCCUAUAAUAAAAAACAAUUUGAGUUAU